ACUGUAUAAUAUUGUUUCUUUUUAAUUUAUUGUGAUAUGUUGUAUACAGAGCAUGUUACAACAAAAUUUCCCUUGGGAUUAAUGAAGUUUUUGCUGAUUCUAAAUGUACCAUUAGAUUAGAAACAUCUGUUUAUAAUUCGACAAGAAAAUAUCAAAGUCAAAGUAAAGAGGGGGAAAUGUUUUUUGUUUUUUUCUGAGAGAAAACUACUAAAGUUCAGUGAUGACUCCUGAAUCGGAUCGAGUCCAUGCGCGGCUUGUUUUCAGGUCUAUUGUGAUCUUCCAUUGCCCACCGAUGGACCGGUCGCGUCCGUGUUUCCGGCCGGACACAUUUCCCCGCCGCACCGCUGCCGUCGCAUGGAACUUUGUUUACGGCGGAUCAGAAAGAUUGCGAAACGCGAGCGGAGUUUCACCGACCUGACCAGGUAAUCGGCUCGUCGCUGCAGUUGUGCACGUCCAUGCGUGGAAUGUAAACGCCAUGCGGUGGUCUCACGCGUGUUUGGUUGGACUCCGAGUGGAACACAGACGACACUGAACCGUGGUCACGUCGGCUCCGAACUCCGGCUCGGUGUCGACGGUGGAGCGGACGCGCUCGCGGCGUGGCUUCUGACGCGCUCCUGCGGUUGUCACGUGAGCGUGAUGUGGAUGUGAUGUUGUGACGUUCUCGAGCAUCGCGCGCGCGCCUGCCUGCCACCUCUCACCUGUCUGUCCCCCAGGAAUGUCUCAGGACAGUCAACAUGGCAAGUGGUCCAUCUCCAGCAGCGACGACGACGAUGACGACCACAAGCUGACUCCGUCAGGAAAAGCCACGCUCCGGUCUCCAGCGUCCCCCCUACCUCUCCCCCGCAGCCCCCCCUCUCCUCCGGACCCGCAGCUGCAGGUGAAGUCGGAGCGCAACGGCGCGCCACUCUCCUCGCUCCAGAUUGGCUCCGCGGCCAGACAAGCCGCGGCCCAGAACCAGUUGAACCCAGUCACGUUUGCGUCCAGUCCAUCUGUGAAGAGGAAGAAGGAGGCGCUAGAGGGCUCCGGGUGGGCUCUGUCCGACAGUGAUGAUGAUGGUGGUGAUGAUGUGAAGAAGGUCCACAGCGCCCCCAAAAGGAAGCCCCCCAGCAAGAAGGCGGAGCAAGAGCGCCCCCCGAGUCCUCACGGCCGGCUCUACUACAUGGACGAGCCGGCCGACUUCUUCGAGUCCAGUCUCCCGCGUCUGAGCGACACCUACAGGUUUUACCUCAACAAGGUGACGGGGCUGGACAGGAAGUUCAACACCGGAGCGCUGCACAUCAGAGACAUCCUCUCGCCACUGUUUGGGACGCUGAAGGAGUCGGUGCAGUUCAACUACUGUUUUGACGUCGCCUGGAUGGUGCAGCAGUACCCCCCCGAGUUCAGGGAUCGUCCCGUCCUGAUCGUGCACGGCGACAAGCGGGAGGCCAAGGCCCGGCUGGUGCAGCAGGCCAAGCCCUUCCCUCACGUCCGCUUCUGCCAGGCCAAGCUGGACAUCACCUUCGGCACGCACCACACGAAGAUGAUGCUGCUGUGGUACCAGGAAGGAUUCCGGGUGGUCAUCACUACCUCAAACCUCAUCAGAGCCGACUGGUACCAGAAGACUCAAGGCAUGUGGAUGAGUCCUCUGUUCCCACGGCUACCGGACGGCAGUGGCGCUGGCGCCGGCGAGUCCCCCACCUUCUUCAAAAGGGACCUGCUGGAUUACCUGGCAUCGUACAGGGCUCCUGAGCUGGAGGAGUGGAUCCAGAGGAUCAAAGAGCACGACCUCUCAGAAACCAGGGUCCACCUGGUGGCCUCCACUCCAGGGCGCUACACCGGUCCAGACCUGGAUCGCUGGGGCCACCUGCGGCUGAGGAAGCUGCUGUACCAGCACACGGAGCCUGUUCCUGCCGAGGACCAGUGGCCGGUUCUGGCUCAGUUCUCCAGCAUCGGUUCCUUGGGCCUGGACAGGAGCAAGUGGCUGGCUGGGGAGUUCCAGCGCACCUUGACCACCCUGGGCAAGUCCUCCCAGCGCCCGGACCCGCCCGUCCACCUGCUCUACCCUGCCGUGGAGGACGUGAGGAGCAGUCUGGAAGGCUACCCAGCCGGCGGCUCGCUCCCCUACAGCAUCCAGACGGCUCAGAAGCAGCUCUGGCUUCACUCCUACUUCCACCGCUGGCAGGCCGACGCCACAGGGAGGACUCGCGCCAUGCCGCACAUCAAGACCUACAUGAGGACGUCCCCGGACUUCGGCCGGCUGGCCUGGUUCCUGGUCACCAGCGCUAACUUGUCCAAAGCAGCGUGGGGCGCCCUGGAAAAGAACAACACCCAGCUGAUGGUCCGCUCCUACGAGCUCGGGGUUCUCUUCCUGCCCUCGGCCUUCAACAUGGACACCUUUCCUGUCCAGAGGAAUCCAUUUCCUGUCUCCUCCUCCUCCUCCUCCUCCGGUUUCCCCGUGCCCUUUGACCUCCCACCGACUGCCUACUCCUCCAAAGAUCAGCCCUGGAUUUGGAACAUUCCGUACAGCCAGGUCCCAGACACACACGGCAACGUCUGGGUUCCCUCCUGAACACGCGCCGCCGGGGGCUUUAGAUUUUCUACUGUUGACAAUAAACCAGUGACUCUCCAGCUGCUGUGACUCAGUCCUCGUUUCUCCUUGUCAAUAUUUCAGCUCAAACGUUGUCGUUUGUUUCCUGCUGAAACCAUGUUCUAUCGACUCCAUCAGUGGUGUUUCCUGCCUGUGACUCCCCGUUCCUCGGUCACGGCCACCUGUUUUGCUUUGACCCUGGCUUCUGUCCCCCACCUGACCCGACAGCUGGGUCCAUGACUCACU